AGUAGAUUCAGUUGUUAGCGGGACAUUGUGCUGAGUGGAAGAAUUUCGACAAUUUUAUUUAAAAAAAAAAACUAUUUAUUCGUCCAAGAAAAUCUUAUCAAUAUAAACAAAAUGUCACAACUCUGUCGUGCUGUUGGUAUUCUCAAGAAUAUUCCCUUCCAACAAACUCAAAAAAUCGCUUCAUUGCAUCUCAGUUCUACAGUGAGAGCCGGCAGCUAUUUAAUCGAUAGCCCAGAAUAUUCGUUCUUGAAAGACAUUGGUUUGGAGCGUGAAAAUCCUGGUGUAUUUACCGGUUCCUGGAAAGGUUCUGGCGAUGUUAUCACUUCCGUUGAUCCUGGUACCGGCAAAGCUAUUGCCUCGGUACGCACCGGUACUGUGCAAGAAAUGGAAGAAUCCAUUAAGGUGGGCGUAGAAGCCUAUAAGGAAUGGUGUCAAGUGCCAGCUCCUGUCAGAGGUGAAAUCGUCCGACAAAUUGGUGAUGAGUUGCGUAAAUAUAAGGAGCCUUUGGGUAAAUUGGUGAGUUUGGAAGUGGGCAAAAUCUACAGUGAGGGUCAGGGUGAAGUGCAGGAGUUCAUUGAUAUCUGUGAUUAUGCUGUGGGUUUGUCGCGUAUCUAUGCUGGACAAAUGAUUAAUUCGGAAAGAGCUCAGCAUACAAUUUUGGAGGCCUGGCGUCCCUUGGGUUUGGUGGGUGUUAUCUCCGCCUAUAAUUUCCCCAAUGCUGUGUUCGGCUGGAAUGCAGCCAUUGCCUUGACUUGUGGCAACAGCGUUUUGUGGAAGGGAGCCCCCAGCACUGCCUUAGUUUCUGUGGCCACCACCAAAAUUGUAGCCGAUGUCUUGAAACGCAACAAUUUGCCACCUAUUGCCACUUUGUGCCAAGGCGGCACUGAUGUGGGCAAAAAAAUGGUUUCCGACAACCGUGUCAAGUUGGUUUCCUUUACCGGCAGUUGCCAAACGGGCCGUGACGUGGGUGUUGAAGUACAAAAACGUUUUGGCAAGGUCAUAUUGGAAUUGGGUGGUAACAAUGCUUUGGUUAUUAAUGAAGAUGCCAACCUUAAAAUGGCCUUAGAUGCUGCUUUGUUCGGUUGCAUUGGCACCUCGGGACAACGUUGCACCACCACCAGACGUAUCAUUGUGCAUGAGAAACUUUAUGAUACUUUUGUUAAGCAACUUACCGGCAAAUAUCAGCAAGUUUUAUCACGUAUUGGUCACCAACUGGAAGACAAUACCUUAGUAGGUCCCGUUCAUUCACAACAAAAUAUUGAUGGUUAUAAGAACACCAUUGAGGAGGCUGUUAAGUUGGGUGGCAAAGUGGCUUUCGGCGGUAAAGUUAUACCACGUGAGGGUUUCUUUGUAGAGCCUACCAUUAUCACCGGUUUGGCACAUGAUUCUCCCGUAGUACACCGUGAAACUUUCGCUCCCAUUGUUUAUGUAUUGAAAACCAAAUCCGUUGAAGAAGCCAUUCAAUGGAACAACGAAGUUGAGCAGGGUCUUUCCUCUGCCAUUUUCACUGAAAACAUGUCCAAGGCUUUUAAAUGGAUUGGUGCUCAAGGUUCGGACUGUGGUAUUGUCAACAUCAACACCACCACCAACGGUGCUGAGAUUGGUGGUGCUUUCGGCGGUGAAAAACAUACUGGCGGUGGUCGGGAAUCUGGUUCUGAUGCCUGGAAACAAUACUGCAAGAGAGCUACUAUUACUGUUAAUCACUCGGGAGAACUGGCCUGUGCCCAAGGUGUGGUCUUCAAUGUAGAGUAAUCAAUUGCAUAAUUUUAAGUUUAAAAGAUUUUAAUUUAGCUUUGUUUUAAAUGCAUUCAUUAUACUUUUAUUAUUACAUACAUAUAUGUUUUGUAAAUUUUUAAAAUAA